CGAAAGUGGGUAGCGUGUUGCCACGGCUGACACAUCAUGGCUGCAGAAGUUGGAAAGCUGUCCAAAAACUUGCUGCGUAUGAAGUUUAUGCAGCGCACCCUUGAUGCAGAGACCAAAAAGCAGUUAGAAGAAGAUGAGAAGAAGAUAAUCAGUGAUGAGCACUGGUACUUGGAUUUACCAGAACUUAAAGAGAAAGAGAGUUAUAUCAUUGAAGAAAGGAGUUUUCUGCCAUGUGAAGAUUUCCUGUAUGGCAGAAUGUCCUUCAAAGGUUUUAACACUGAGGUUGAGAAAUUAAUGACCCAGCUGAAUUCAAGGACAAAGACAGAAGAGAUAGUUGAGGAAGGAACAAUGGAUGUUGAUGUGUCUGAUGAAGAAAUGGCACGAAGAUACGAGUCAUUAGUGGGCACCAUCAAAAAGAAAUUUACGAAAAAAAGGAAUCAGAAAGAACUAAAGGAAGAAGGAGAAGAUGAAAACUGUAACAUUAGAAGCAGCAAAGUACAAAAAGUUUUUCUAAAGCCACAAGAUUAAAUAGCUACAGGUUUAACUGUCUGGAAAACUUCUGUUUGUUAUUGUUAUGGAAGACUAGUGGUUUUUCUACCUUUCCACACGAUGGAUAUUUUAUAUUUCUACCUUCAUAUCAUUCAUUUUAAAGUUUUAACAACUUGCUACUUUUGAUGGUAUACAUUUUAGAGACUGCAUUCUAAAACAUAUCAGCCAUUGAUUAUAUUAAUUAUGUGCAUAACUAUAUUUGAGGAUAAUAUGUUUUUGUUUUAAGAUCUUUGCAUUCAUGUAAGGAAUUUCUUUUUUUUCCUGUGGUAGUGAAAAGAUUCCUUUUAUCAUUUUAAUUCCACCUGUCAUAAUGAGAAGUCAUUUUUUCCACUAGAAAGACAAAAAUUGAUUUAAAGGCUAGAAAGACUACAUAGGUGGAAUUAAACUACCCCCAAAAAAGCAUCCAUUACAGUAUGUUUUUUUUUUUUUUUAUGGAUCUAAGUAUCAUCUGUUAAAUGUUUUAAAUGCAUCACCCAAGUCCUGAACUGGCACUGUUGUGCACUGCUCAAAGUAAAAAAUGAAUUGAUAUAGGCCAGGGUAACUAAAUGUUGCAUAAAUGCACUGGCUGAGGUCUCGAAAAGUUGCUGGUGAAAUGCUCUUGUUUCAGUGCUGUAAGAGAGUAUGAUCUCUGGGUUUUUAUUUGAGUGAACAUUUUAUCCUGUUUAUUUUAUAUUAUGAUUGCUUACCUUGUUUUAUGUUUUAUCUGUAUUUCUUGUAAUUUAUGUAAAACAGGAGCAGUUUUUUUUGUUUUGUUUCUUUUUUAAAUUUUUUCUUUUGUACCUAAUAUUCUACAAAUUUGUUUCCAAAGUACUUUGAUAUAUAUUUAAGCAUUGUGCAAGAGGAGAAAGCAAUGACAUUUCUGCAGUUAGGAAUUCAGAAAUGUACAGCUUUAGGGCUGACCUUUUUCAUUGUUCGGUUGUUUUCUCUAAGUGCUCAGUCAUUCAUUAUGAAAGAAGUGUUUCAAUAGCAUGUUGUUUAAAAAAAAAAAAAAA